AUGCGGCGGCUGCCGGCGGCGCUGGCGCUGCUGCUUCUGCUGCUGCUGCUGCUGAGCAGCGCGGUGCCCGGGGGCGGUCUGUCACUGGAGAGCCUGCUGACCAACAUGAGGUGCAAGUGCAUCAAAUCGACCACCCAGGUCAUCAGCUUGGGGCUGAUCCUUGCCAUCGACGUUACACCGCCAGGAAUCCACUGCAGGAGGAAGGAGAUCAUCCUCACCCUGAAGAAAAAUAAGAAGGUGUGCGUGGCCCCCGAGGCACCCUGGAUCCAGCUGCUCAUCCACAAGUUGUCGCGGAGGUAG